AUGACGAUCGCCUACAGCUGCAUUGCAAAUGGCCGAGAGGUCCUAGCGGAGCUGACCCUAACCGGCGGCUCUUAUCAGGAAGCAGCGGCAACAGUGCUUAAACUAGUGCUUCUUAGAGCUGAACCAAAGACCAUAAUUCAAAUGGGAAGCUCUGUCUACCAUACUCUCUUUAUUGACGGAAUCACUUACCUGUGUGCCUCAGACAAUGCCUUAGAUACUGUAACACCAUCUGCAUUUCUUAAAAAUGUUAGUGAGACUUUUCUGAGAAGCCCUUUGAUGUCACAAGAACAUUUUUCUCCGUCAAAUGCAGUUGCUACAGAUUUUCAACAAGUAUUAGGAAAGUAUAUGAUGAAAUACAAUAAAAAUCAAGAGGACAGCUCGAUAUCCGCACUGAAGAGUCAAGUAACUGAUGUAAAAAAUGUUAUGACCCAAAAUAUCGAUAAAAUUUUGGAAAGAGAAGAAAGAUUGGAUAUCUUCACUGAUAGAACAGAUGAUCUGCAAACAACUGCCAAAGAAUCCCAAAAUACAAGAAAGAUUCUUGGGAGGAUAUGGUGGAAACACUUCAAAAAGAUUAUAGUCAUCACCAUGGCCAUUCUCCUUUCAAUCAUCAUCAUUCUUUUAAGUACAAAUGUAAUACCAACUUGA